GCACUGUCAUUUUUUAUUCCUGACGAACCAUCCCUCCAGCCCGUCGAAAGUUCCUGGUUGCAGCCCCGCCAGGGAUAGAAAGGAAUUACGAUACUUGGCAGCUUGCCUUGCGAAAGGCACAGACUUCUUGGCUUGAGUGCUACAGAACGGACUGGUUUUUCCUUCCUCCACUUAUCGCGGGCUGGUCGGCAGAGGCCCUCCCUCAGGGUGCUGGGUGGAGGUGACUGUCACUGCCGUCCGCUCACGUAGGACAACACACUCGCUGCUGUCCGGGAGAGAGACACAAAAAAACAGACAGCUCGGAUUUGGCAGCUGCGGGUGCAGGAUGUCGCUGGUGAACGGAAUCGAGAGACGACCCUUGGUCAACGAAAUUCUCAGGCACCUGCCCCUUGCGGAUAAGACAGCUGUUUGGGGCACUCUGGGGACUAUCAGGCCCCACCUGAACUUUGAGGUGGAAAAAGAUGUCCAAGCUCUCCUUGACGCUGUCAGCGGGAAAGGUGUCGAAUAUGUAACCGUCAUUGACCUACUGACUAACAGGAGCAAUGAACAGAGGCAGCAAAUUGCUGAAGGGUUCCUGGAUUUCACGAAACAGGACCUUCUGAAAACCCUCAAAGCUGCUUUUCCCGGGCACCUAGAGGGAGUCAUCAUGGGUCUGCUGAAGCCGGCAGCUCAGUUUGAUGCUCACGAAAUCAACCUGGCCCUGAAGGGCCUGGAGGCAGAUACACUUUGCGAAAUCCUCUCCACCCGAACCAGCCAGCAGCUCCGAGAGAUCUUGGGUCGCUACAAGCGUGAUUUCAGUUUGGACCUCGAGAAGGACAUCGCUUCGAGAACCAGCGGCUUCCUUCAGCGCCUCCUGGAUGCCCUGAUCAAGGGCGAACGGGAAAGGUACUCUGGGGUCAUUGACUAUGUCUUGAUACGGCAAGAUACGCAGGCCCUCGUGGGUCCCGGAGGCGGCGACCCGGGCAGGUUGGAUGAAAGCGAGUGGAUCAGGAUCCUAACCGAGCGGAGCCCCCAACAUCUAAACAGAGUGUUCAUCUGGUACCACAAGAUGACUGGGCUCCAGGUGGAGGAAGCCAUGAAGAAGUACUUAGAGGGGAAGGCUCUCGAGGCUGGCUUGACCCUGGUCUCCAUCCUCAGAAACACCCCUCUCUAUUUUGCCACAAAGCUCUACCAAGCGGUUAAGGGUCCAGGAAGCAGCCCAAGAACUCUGGCCCGCAUCCUGAUUUCCCGUAGCGAAACUGACCUGCUCAGCAUCCGCGCCGAGUUCAGGAAGCAUUAUGGGAUUUCUCUCUACUCCUUCGUCCAGGCUGAAACGAAUGGCAAUUACCAGACCGCCUUGCUUGGUCUGUGCAGAGCUGAAGAUCUGUAAGUUAUGCCCUCUGAUGACGAGCCUCUGUGCGCAAAAGCAGUCUACCUCUGAAUACUAGGCAAACGCUUACACCAGCCAACCUCCCGAAGGCCCUGGAGUCCCGCCCAGAAGUCGCCCUCAGAGGAUCUCGUCUUGCUGAGCCAAUGCAAACUGUGUUUAAAUUGGUUUGCGGACACUCAGCCAUUUCUGUGCUGGGGGGGGGGGCAAAAUGGAAUGAAUGGCUCACGAGUCGUGACGGUGAGAUGCUACCGUCGACAUCAGAGACCGUUUCUCCGACGGGACACUGCUGGCUGCUUUUUCUCCUUCACUGGGCGAUACGAACCAAUCAGGGAUCCUGUGCUGAUUUUACAUUUACAGAAGGGUAAAGCUGGAAUAUGGAACAUCCGUGGCCCUCCAGAUGUGGUUGGACUCUUAUCACCUAUAGCCGGCGUUGGUAGAAGUUGUAGUCCCUCAAUAUCUGGGGAAGGGGCAC